AUGUACAAUCAGCUCUUCUACCAUGUAUACUACGAUUCUCAUGCUCUCUUCGCUCAGUGUGAUAUCAACAACCCGUGCAAGGUUGGCUGCUGCAGCUCUAGCGGUGUCUGUGGCUUUGAGGAAGCCCAUUGCGGCGACGGUUGUGUUUCGAAUUGCAACUCCACAUCCGAGUGUGGAAAACACGCAGUAGAGGAAUCCUUCAACUGCCCUAUCAAUGUCUGUUGCAGUCGUCCGUCCUGCCCAAGUGCUACCAAGGACCCGUUGGAGUUCCAGAGACGCAUCGCCUACUAUGAACUCUUCACCAAGGGCCGCAGCUGUGGCGUCAAGGAGCCCGAGGUCUUGCCAGUAGAUCCUCUGACGCAUAUCAACCUCGCGUUCGUCAACUUUGGCGACGACUGGAAGAUCAUUGACGACAGCCCUGACUGGGUGAAGCGCGUGGUCCUCCGAAAGAUUGACCAUCCCAGCUUGCGCGUCAACAUCGCCAUCGGCGGCUGGGCUUUCAACGACCCUCCCACCUCGACGUACUUCUCGCGCAUGGCGUCCACCUACGACAGCCGUCAGACGUUCGUCGACUCCGUGGUGGAGUAUCUGAGGGCAUACGGCCUCGACGGUGUUGACAUUGACUGGGAGUAUCCCGGUGCCGAGGACCGUGGAGGCCACCCGGACGACGGCCUGAACUAUGUCUUUCUCCUGGCAGCCCUGCGGAAGGCUUUCGAUGACGAGGGUUCCGGUUGGGAGAUUUCGGUUGCCAUCCCUUCAAGCUAUUGGUACCUACGAGGCUACGAGCUCGAGAGAAUGCAAAGGCACAUUGACUAUUUCAACCUCAUGUCCUACGACAUUUACGGUAUGUGGGACGAGGAAAACGACUGGACUGGCCCCUAUCUCAAAGGCCAUGCCGACUGGCGCAAGAUCGAUCAGGGUCUGGAUCUCUUGUGGCGGAACGGUGUCAAGCCUGAGAACGUUGUCAUGGGAUUCGGGUUCUACGGCCGUUCAUUCACCAUGUCUGAUACCAACUGCAUCCAGCCCGACGGCAUCUGCCAGUUCUCGACAGGCAGUUCUCCCGGAUCCUGCUCUGACACUGCCGGCGUGCUCACAUACUAUGAAAUUGCCAGCAGGAACAACUCCCUGGACACGGCAACGUUCUACGACGCCGAGAACACUGUCAAAUACAACGUGUUUGAGGGAACUCAAUGGGUGUCGUACGAUGAUGCGCAGUCGUUCCGAGACAAGCUUGAUCGGCUAGCCGAGAGGUGCCUGAGCGGUUUGAUGAUAUGGGCCAUUGACCAGGAUACGGCUAAUUUUACGGCCAUGAACGAGCUUUUUGGAGACUACUCUCAUCUUCAACUUGAUGGCAGCAGCCACGAAUCCAAGGAGAAGCUCCACGACCUCUUCUCCCAAUUCACCGGACAAGACUGCCUCGUCACAGAGCGGUGUACCGACGGCACCGACGGCGAACAAGGCCCUCAACAAGUGUGUCCCGCGGGGUACUCCUCAGUCACCACGGCACACAACCCCCGACAGCGUCACCCGAACAAGUUGUCCGGUGACUGCGCAAAGGGCUGUUACCGCCACGUCUGCUGCCCCAAGAAGUCCAUGCCCAAGAGCUGUGAGUGGGUUGGUGCGCCGGAACGUAACGUGUUCGGCUGCUCGGGCGACUGCGGCGGCGGCACGUUCGAGCUGAACGUAGACACCGCCAUCGAUGCCAAGGGUAACAAGCAGUGCUACUCGGGCACGCGAAAGCUGUGCUGCCAGAGCACGAAGCUUUUUGACGACUGUUUCUGGAACAGCUGCCAAGGACCUCUCUCCCUAUCGGAUUCGCCCACAUGUCCUGAUGACCAUGAUGUCCUGACUUACCGCCACGACAAGCCGGAUGGGGUCGGGCUCUGUCGUGAAGAGUACGGAGACAACGGCAGCCCCCUCACGCAGCCUUUCAAGAGCGCUCUCUGUUGCCCCAAAGGGCGGUCGUUUGCCAUUUGUAACUGGACGAACCAGCCCAGAGACUUCACCAUGGGGAACCCCGACUAUUGUCUCCCCGCGCCCUGCGGCAACGACCAGGUCCAGGUAGCUACUGGCAAGACGCCCCCGACCUCGACGUCCCACGGCGGGCGAUACCAGAACGUCUGCAAUGGUGUAUCGCUACCUCCCAAUACCGACCCGCACUUUGGCUUCUGUUGCGCUCCGCCCUCGACAUGGAACGUAGACUGGCCGGUCGACCCUGCCCAUCUCUGGGAGGAGCACUUCAACGACCGCGAGAAGGACAAGGCGCUGUGGCAGUACGACACUCACCACGGCCACAACGAUGAGGACGACGCCAUGGCGUCUCCUGGCAAGAUUGACGGUUCCGACGCCUACGGCUUCAUGAUGCUGAAUGGCCAAAAGGAGGCCAUAGACGACAACUUUGGCAGUUCACACACGGUCGUGCGGCGGACGGCUGCAGUCCCCAACGUGAAACGAGAGAUUCUCACAACCAACCACACGUUGAUUGACGCAGUUUUUGACCAUGCCAAGGAGACCAUCUACGUCUACUGCAACUAUCCCGCAGGAUCACACGAGUGCGAUUCCGUCUUUGAGGGCGGUGCCGAGGACACCGUCAUCCGCCUCCCACCUCAUGUGGGAAAGAGGCCAUUCGCCCGUAUUGUCUCCAUGGAGCUCGCCAGUGACGGAUACCAGCUCCCAACCCACCAUGUCCGUCACCGUUCCCUCGACGGUCUCCACGACAACCCCGUCUACAAGGUACACAUCGACUACAAUUUCAACAUGGUGCGCCAGGACCGCGGCCCCGUCCAGAUCCGCGUCGACUACACCAACCUCCUGGGCUACUGGAAGGAGCUCACAGACUCGAAACCGAGCCGUGUUAAGAGAGGCUUCGGGGAAGAGGAAGAGGAAUUCACCAUGCGGCGUUUCCGGAACCGUGUAAACCGGGCCGAGGAGCAUGAGACCCGGCUCCGGAAACGCCGUGUCAAGAGGACAGACGUUGUCGAGAACACGGUGCCCGUCGAGCUGGUCCCGGUGCGUGAUGGUGACGACAACGCGUCCGCAGGUAUCGGCCGCGUGGGCAAGCGUUGGUGGGGGGAGUUCGUGGACUGGCUCGAGAGGCUGACGACGGUCCGGGACUCGGCCGUUGGCGACCUACCGCUCGACUACGCCGACGAGAUCAAGAUCUUCGAAGCCCGCUGGGGCUGCCCAGGCAAGACCUUCCACGCCAACCUCCGCAUGGAUCUCCAGGUCCGCAUGUCGAUGCAGGCCACGUACGCCUACUACAUGUCGGCCACGUUCAUCCCUCCUACGAAGAAGCCUGACGUCUUCUUCUACUUUGGCAUCGAGCCUGAGGCCUACAUUGGGCUGACGAUGGAAGGCAAUGCGGUGGCGAAGCUUACAACCGGCCGGAAGAAGAUUAUUGACACGGUCGGAUACCCGGGUCUUGCUGUCAAGGGAAUUGCUUCCGUCGGGCCUACGCUGGAUGUCUACGGAGAGAUCCAAGGUUCGAUCAAUAUGCAUGGGUCGGCAAGGGCCGGCCCUGAGCUCACGUUUGGCAAGGCGCAGGCCUACUGGCCGCAGGAUGAGUCCGCCUCCAAGUAUGACAAGAUUCUUGGCCUCGACCUCGAAGACCACCACGUCCCAACGGGUCCUCAUCUGGCACCCGACUUUGAGGCCGGCGUCCAGGCCGAGGCCGCCGUGUCCGUCAUCGUGCAGCCCGAGGCCAACGUGGGAAUCAAAGUCGGUGGUGGUAAGUGGACAGGCGGCGCCUCCUUGGUUGACGCUCAAGUUACCGCCUUCCUGAAGGGCGCCUUGACGUUCCGGGCCUGGGCAAUUGGCGAUAUUGUCGACUCCGUGUACGAAUAUGGCUACGGUGUCUACUUGUACUACAACAUCGGAUACAAGGCCAAGGCCCAGAUCCUGGAAUGGUUCGACUGGGCCACGGGCGAGAGGAAAGCCUACGAGACCGACCAGAAGCUCAUCAUUUACGAGCCCGAACCAGGCAAGAUUGACCUGAGUGACCCCUCCACCUCCAGCUCGAAGCGUAUGGAGCCUCUGCCGGACAGUGGCUACGAAGGUUCGGGUGUUUUGCGUCGGCAAUCCGCUGAGAACAACCACACUUCCGCCGCCUCGGACGAAUAUGAAGAACAGUUCAGAGCCAUGGCCGCUGGGACGGGCGGCAAUGCGAACCAAAACCCGGGCACGCCACAGUUCACGAAUCCCAUCCAAUGCCCGGCUGGCAAUCAACCCGUGUUCAGGGUCCCAGAGCUGCGAUUCAACUGCGGCGCGUUCCCUCCCAUUCAAAUUCAAGACACCAAUGGCCAGUACGAAACCAUGACGGCCCUCUGCGAGGGCUACAAGGGGACGUCGACGUCGUGGCCCCUCCACCUAACCCAUCACGCCAACAACCCGGCCAGCCACCCUCAGUGGGACUUCCUGAAGAGGUGCAACGACGCCAAGCGCCGCCAGCAGUGCCCGAACCUGGCGAGCAACCUCGAGUCGUGCCCCUACGAGACGCAGCGGCUGCACCUGGCUGUUGGCCACACGGACAGCGACUCAAUGAAGCUCGAGUGCGACGAGUUCCCCUGGGCGUCGAGCGAGGAGGGCGGCAACUACCUGCCGGCUUCGGAGCGGAGUCAAGUAUGCAUCCCCAGCGUGCAGAACGGCCUCGGCGGCAACUGUAUCGCCAUGCUCAACUUUCUGGAAACGAACGUGGGAAAGUUGGAGCCGGGCAUCGCCAAGGUGGCCGACCGAAAGAGCCAAUGGCUCUACUGGGGAGGCAAGGCAGGCAACGACAUGGAUUUCUGGUGGACGGACAAGGACUUGAACGGCGUCAAGCAGCGUUGGACCGUAUAUUCAGAUGCGCAGCCGAUUCCGGCCGGGUAUAAUCCUCUGAACUGGCUGGGACAACCCACAGGAAAGUCGUGGGUGUUCAAGCGAAACUACACCUUUUCGCUCCGAGACAGCGGCGCGCAGGGCACCGACUGGCGGGGUGCCACGGGCAAGCGCUUCGUGAGGCCCAACCAGGCGUUCAAAAACCCCAACGACUACUCCUCCAUCGUCUGCGGCGUCAACACGUUCGGUCAGGCGGAUUAUUUCCGCGGGCCUACGGAUGGCAACACCAACUUCAACGCCCUCUGCUUCACCAACAAGCGCCAGACAGGUACGUGA